AUGUCGUCGAACAAUUACAAGUACGACGAGGAGGGCGGUCAAUUCUUGACCUUUGUGCUAACUUUUCUGCUCCUGGUGCUCGUGCCUCUGACCUACUCGCUGCUCGCCAGCCGGACUUCCAAGGCUGGAAAGCAGGGCUGGUGGGAUGCGAGGGGACAAAAGAUCGAUGCGAUUCGUCGAUUCAGAAGGAGGACGUUGACCAAUCCAAAGAUUAGCAAGAGAUUCAUAUUCAUCACCAUCGGCUGGGCCGCUGUGGCAUAUCUCGUCCAGCGUAUCGCCAAUGCCUCCUCCAACUCUUCGCACGCCGUGUACGAUCCGUUCAACAUUCUCGGCAUCGCGACGGGUGCCACUGAAAAGGAGAUCAAAAAGCACUACAAGAAGCUCAGCAUAAAGUUCCAUCCAGACAAGCUGGUUCUUGGUCCCAAUCAAACAAAAGAAGAGGCGGAUGAGCACUUCAUCUCCAUCACAAAGGCAUACAAGGCUCUGACGGACGAGACGAUACGCAAGAAUUUCGAAUUGUAUGGACACCCGGAUGGAAGACAGGAGAUGAGCAUGGGCAUCGCACUGCCCACGUGGGUCGUUGAGGCGCAAAACAAUGUCUGGGUGCUGGGCGCCUACGGACUCGUCUUUGGCUUGCUGCUGCCAUACCUUGUCGCGCGGUGGUGGUACGGCUCGCGAGCACGCACCAAGGAUGGCAUCAUCAAUCACACGGCUCAAAACUUCUUUCAGCAUCUGCGCGAAGAUACGCCACCUGCGCGCGUGCUCGCCCUCAUUGCCAUAUCGGAAGAAUUUGUCGAUCCCAAACUCGAAAAGCGCGGCAAGGACGUCAACGAGGCGGAGUUGGCGCGCGUCGAAAAGCAGGUCAGAUCAGAGCUGGAAGCUUUCGGAUCUCGUUGGGGCCUCAUCGAAGAAUUUCGUACGCAGUCCAUACGCAAAACUUUGGUCUUGCUGUACGCCUACCUCCUGAGAGUGCCCAUCAACAACAGCACGCUGGACAAGCAGCGGUACGUUGUAGGUGCACAAGCCGAAAGGCUCCUCAAUGGCAUGCUCGCCAUCACGCUCGCACACAGUUGGUCCGACUUGACGCUGCUGCUCAUGGACAUGCAUCAGUGCUUCGUGCAGGCCGUACCGCCCGCUACGGACUUCAGAGCCGCUGCAGAGCUGAUGCAGCUGCCCAACGUGUCGUGGUCAGCUGCGCGCACGCUCGUCAAGAAGAGCAAGCUUGGAGAGCAGGGUCUGCAAGGCUUCUGGAAGAUGGAAGAUGCGCAGCGUCGAAAGCUGCUCGGCGUUGGUAAGGAGGGCAUUUCCGAGGCUCAGUACGACGAGACGCUCAAAGUCGCUGGGGAAUGGCCCCGCGUAGAACUGGUGGAUGCUUUCUUCAAGGUGAAUGGCGAAAAGCUGGUCACGGCGGGUGCCAUCGUCCAGUACGUCGUCAAGCUGCGAACGGUGCCAUUCAAGAAAGAUCCGACGACGUUGAGGGAGGGAGCGCGCUCGAGCGUCGAGCAAGCUCACCGAGACGAAGACUCGAGCGUUCGACCCUCCAACGAGGACGACGAUGAGGUCUCUUUGGAUCACCUGAUUGGACGCACCGAAGGCAAGUCGGGCUCCAGAGAAGGCAAGCAGGCAGUCGGCGUGGCUCGCGCGCCGCACUUUUUGGAAGAGCGCAAACCGCACUGGUGGGUGCUGAUCACCGACAAUAAGCAAUCGCGCGUCAUUGUUCAGCCGACGAAGGUGACGGAUGUGGGCCCGGACAAGAUCAGGACGUACUCGGUGCAAUUUCAAGCUCCGCCUCAGCCCGGACUGUACACAUUUGACGCGGUGCUCAAGAGCGACUGUUUCUUGGGCAGCGAUGCCAAGUUGCCGGUCAAGCUUCAAGUGGAGGACCCUAGCGUGCUCGAAGACGAUAUCCGCGAAGAUGAGAUUUCGGACCCGGACGAGGAUACCCUUGCAGGUCAAAUGGCCAUCAUGAGAGGAGAAAAGGUCAAGUCCAAGUCGUACGACGAGGAUGAGGAGGAGGAAGAGGAGGGGGAGAGCGGAACGGAAGAGGAAGGCGCGCAAGGCAAGAGCGAAGAGGAGGAUGAGUCGGAGAGCGAUUGGGAUUGA